CAGAUUCUGACGCUGUCACCACUGCCACGUCUGCUGUCCCCAACGGCCACCUCCUCAGGGCCAGCAAGAUGCAAUUUGAGAUGCACGACAACGUGAAAGGCAAAGCCAUGUCCUACCCAGUGACCAGCCAGCCCCAGGGUGCCAGCAGCUACCAGUGCCAGCUCAGUGACUGGAACACCACUCUCAUGGACUGCUGCAGUGACAUGCCCAUCUGUCUGUGCGGCACUUUCGUCCCUCUGUGCCUCGCCUGCCGCAUCUCCGACGACUUCGGCGAGUGCUGCGGCACUCCCUGCCUGCCCGGAAGCCUGAACUCCCUGCGCACCGGCAUGCGCGAGCGCUACCACAUCCAGGGCUCUAUCGCGAAAGACUGGGCGGCCCUCACCUUUUGUUUGCCCUGCGCCCUCUGUCAGAUGGCGCGGGAGCUGAAGAUCCGAGAGUAAAGACGUUCCCCUCACCUUUCUCCUUUUCCACCCGUCAUGCCUGCCCUCCUCUGCCUUCUCCUGGGAGGUCCUGACCCUCCGCCCUAUCCCACUACCAGAAAUGCACCCACAAUAAAAAAAAAAAAAAACCUAAAAACCAA